GAGGCUGCGAAGCUCAAGUUUCUGUUGCGCGCCUGCGCGGGGCGCGGUUUGUUGGUUCCAGUUGUCGGUUCUGGCCCAGUCAGGUCUAGGAGGCCGAGCUGCGCCAUGCGAAGGUUGCAGGUGGUGCUGGGCCACCUAAAGGGCCGGCCCGAUUCGGGCCCCGAGCCGGCAGUGGAGGCCGAGCCUUGCAGGGCCGGUGCUCCGCAGGCGUCCGCCGAGGACGUGGUGGUGGUGCACGGCCGGCGCACGGCCAUAGGCCGAGGCGGCCGCGGUGGUUUCAAGGACACCACCCCCGACGAGCUGCUCUCGGCUGUCAUGACCGCGGUUCUCCGGGAUGUGAAGCUGAGGCCGGAGCAGCUGGGCGAUAUCUGCGUGGGAAAUGUGCUUCAGCCGGGGGCUGGGGCCGUCAUGGCCCGAAUCGCCCAGUUUCUGUGUGACAUCCCCGAGACUGUGCCCUUGUCUGCAGUCAACAGGCAGUGUUCCUCGGGGCUGCAAGCAGUGGCCAACAUCGCGGGUGGCAUCAGAAAUGGGUCUUAUGACAUUGGCAUGGCCUGUGGGGUGGAGUCCAUGUCCCUGGCCGACAGAGGGAACCCCGGGAACAUCACUUCACGCUUGGUGGAAAAGGAUAAGGCCAGAGACUGCCUGAUUCCCAUGGGAAUCACGUCGGAGAAUGUUGCUGAGCGGUUCGGCAUCUCACGGGAGAAGCAGGAUUCCUUUGCGCUGGCUUCCCAGCAGAAGGCAGCCAGAGCCCAGAGCCAGGGCUGCUUCCGCGCCGAGAUCGUGCCUGUGACCACCACGGUGCGGGACGACAAGGGCACUGAGCAGCGCAUCACCGUGUCCCAGGACGAGGGCAUCCGCCCCAGCACCACCAUGGAAGGCCUGGCCAAGCUGAAGCCGGCCUUCAAGAAAGGCGGCUCCACCACAGCCGGAAACUCCAGCCAGGUGAGCGAUGGGGCGGCCGCCAUCCUACUGGCCCGGAGGUCCAAGGCGCAAGAGCUGGGCCUCCCCAUCCUCGGGGUCCUGAGGUCCUACGCGGUGGUCGGAGUCCCACCCGACGUCAUGGGCAUCGGCCCCGCCUACGCCAUCCCCGUGGCCUUGCAGAAAGCAGGACUGACAGUCAAAGACGUGGACAUCUUUGAGAUCAAUGAGGCCUUUGCAAGUCAGGCCGUCUACUGCGUGGAGAAACUGGGGAUCCCCUUGGAGAAGGUGAACCCUCUGGGGGGCGCCGUGGCCCUGGGCCACCCGCUGGGCUGCACCGGGGCCCGACAGGUCAUCACGCUGCUUAACGAGCUGAAACGCCGCGGGCGGAGGGCCUACGGCGUGGUGUCCAUGUGCAUCGGCACGGGCAUGGGCGCGGCGGCCGUGUUCGAGUACCCCGGGAACUGAGCGCCGGCCGCGCAGCACCAGGGCAGCCGCGUCGGAGGAGAGGUCCAGUCAGGCACUCCAGCUCCCCGCCCCCUGGGCUGUGCCCAGGACCCCCCAGGUUCUUCCGGGGGGCGGGGCUUUGUGGCUGAGAGGCGGAGCAGGCAAAGUAAACGCGUAUCACCCUCA